AUGGUCGGACAGGUCAAGGAGAUGCUGCUCCCCUCAAAGGACCCUCCUCUAGUAUCUGCUCCACUUCAGGUCAUCCCCAAGCCGCCUGUUGCAAGCAAGUCUCCCAGCAAGGCGAAACCCACUUUGCCCAAAGUAAAGAAGGUGUUGCCCAGCUUUGGUGGUCACAAGCCAGUCAGCCAGCCUUCCACAAGUAAGCAAACCGCAGACGUCCAAGUGGUCAGCGGUUCUCAAACACAGUUUGGUCAAAAACGCACUGCUGAGUCAACGGCUCUUGUUGAGGACACCUCAGCAAACAUUGAAUUUUUUGGAGCAAAAAAAGCUAAACCAAAUGACCAUUUUGAUGAGAGUGCUAUUUACGACGAUUAUCUGGCUAACUAUGAUUUGGCUAUUAAUGAUGCAUUCAAAGGCGGCGACAAGGACAACACAUCAGAUGAGCCUACGUAUCACAUCAUGCAACCUGCUGCCACCGAUUACUCGGCCUUCCAGGAAAAUGGUGAAGAAGAAGCUCACGGUGAGCAAAAGGCUAUUGAGGUGCUCGUACAAUACCAGGCUGGUAUGGAUCCUUCUGUAAAUGAAAAUGCAAAUGAUGGCUACUCAGUUAAGAAUGCAGUCACAAACAACAACUCUGGAAAGCCUCAAGAGAACAAACAAAAACAAGCAGAAAAAAGACAACCGAAGCCGAAACAAAAAAAGAACUCGGAAGAGCUUCCAGUACCCAAAUCAUUUCCAAUGGAGAAUGGGCCGGAUCCAUCCAAACUCCAGGCCGCUGAUCUCACCUGGGUGUACAAGGUGCCCGAUAGUAAGUGUAAACUGUUCACCGAAGAGGACGUCGUCAAGUACCAUGGCUUUAAAAUUGAAGACAAACUAGACGCCGGCAGCUACGGUGUCAUCUACAACGCACGAGACAGAAAGAACGCCAAGGUGGUCUGCAAAGCAAUCGAUCUGGGCGUUGCCGACUGGGACUCGGUGAAGAUGAUGGACGUGAAGAAUGAGCUUUUCAUCAUGAGCAAGGUAAAGCACCUGUACAUCAUUAAGGUGCACGACCACUUCAUGACGGUGACGGACACUGGAAGGCGGUUACACAUCUUCAUGGCGCUGGCUGAUGGCGGCAAUCUGGCCAAAUACAUUGCAAAGCGCUUCAGUGAGAAGGGCAGCAACGGUUCGGUGAUGACGCAGCUGCCGGAGAAGGACGGCAAGAGCUACUUUGCGCAGAUUCUCUGUGGGCUGGCGCACCUACAUCUGCUGGGAAUUUCUCAUCGUGACAUUAAGCUGCAGAACGUGCUGCUCAGCAAGUGCGACCAGUCCAUCAGCGGCGACUACACACUGCUCAUCAGUGACUUUGGCCUCAGUCGAGUGGUGCACCACAAGGCGGGGGGAGCAGUGGAGAACAACACGACUUACUGCGGCACACCAAUUCACAUGGCUCCGGAAAUACUGCUCUACAAGGCCUACAACUCAUUCUCCACAGAUAUCUGGGCGCUGGGCAUCACCGUAUACAUCAUAAUGACCAAUGAGAUGCCCUUCGACUUCAAGACAAUGG